UCCAUCCAGUGCUGAGAACUGGAGCAUUUGCGCAGAUAGCCUGCGCUGCCCACAACAGACAUCCAGACAUUUCAGCAUUGGAAGUUAGUCGCUGUUCGCUCUUUGUCUUGACUGCUCAGCCUCCAGCUUGCAAAGUGUCUGCCAGGAGCAGUGCAACCGACCGCUGCUUACCGGAGAGCAUCAGGGAUAUAACAUGGUGAUCAAAGUCUACAUAGCAUCGUCCUCUGGAUCCACUUCGAUUAAAAAGCAGCAGCAGGAUGUGAUGGGCUUCCUGGCGGCCAACAAGAUCGAAUUCGAGGAGUGCGACAUCGCGGCCAACGAGGCCAACAGGAAGUGGAUGAGAGAAAAUAUUCCGGAGGAGUCCAGGCCUGCCACGGGGAACCCUCUCCCCCCACAGAUAUUCAAUGACAGCAAAUAUUGCGGGAAUUAUGAGGCAUUCUUUGAUGCCAGGGAGGACAAUGCUGUGUAUGCAUUUCUGGGCCUGACUGCUCCGCCAGGCUCUAAGGAGGCUGAGGCUCUAGCAAAGAAAGCACAGCAGUAGCAGCAUGACACUUGUUUCUACCUGAGACCUCAGGCCCUCCCUAGACCCAGACCUGGACGCAGCCUGACCUGGAUUAGACCCAGGAAGAAAAAAAUAAGUAAAAAUAAAAGAAGCAGCACAUCACUCAGCUUUUAAAUAUGUGGACCGUUUCAAUUUACUUUUUUCCAGUAUGUUUAUUUGUUUUUAUUAAUCCGUGUUCAGCUGUGCCUUGCCAGCAGUAGUGAAAGGAGGUGCCAGAGCAGAGGAUUAUGGGUAUAUCUAAAAACAGCUCCGCUUCCUCCCGUUAACCUCAGCCUGCUAAGCCUAUUGGCCUAAUGACAUGUCAAUCUACCAUUAGGGAUGAACGUGUAGCUUCCCCUUUUGAGAACACGUCACCAGACGCAAUAUUGUGUAACACAGAUUCAUCAUCAGACCAACAGAACGGCAUCCGUGUUAACGUUAGACCAUAAAACGUGAUCGUCAUUUAUUUAACUUGACAGGUUUAAACAACAGAAGUCUUAAAUGCUGGAAACACUGUGUUAUGUCAUCGCCAAUACUGCAGCACCUUCUGUAAAACGCAUCUAUUACAAUCUUAUUCUCUGUGUUUUAUUUACUUAUAUUGUCUUAAUGCUGUUUUAAUAGCAAAUGUUUUCUACAAGAUGAUGUAUGUUUAAAAGAAAAAAGAUAAUUCAUGCCAAAAUGCAAAAGUUUGAAAACACAGAGGGAUGUGAAAUGGAAUUUGUAUUUGCUCUUUUUUUUUCUUGUUUUUAAGGGAAGUUAGAUAGCUGUUGCUUUUUGCUAUAAGAAUCCUGUUUGACGUUGUGCUGGUAUUCCCUGUCUUGCGUAAGAUGGUACCAUUGUCUUCUCAGAAAUAAAUCAGAAAUGAGAUGGAAAAAAAAAAAAAAGAUGACUCUCGAUGCAGUCAGACAAAUCUGAAAUAAAUACAAUCCUCGUAACAUACUGUUAUUUUCUAUGUACAAUAAAUAACUUUAAUUUGA